UUCGUGUAAAAGCUUUUCGGGUUGUUGAGAAUGUUUGUGUCAAGAAAUUUUGCUGUGAAACAGUGUUUGUGUUGUUAGAUAUAUUGACAACUUUGCAGGGCCAGACCAAGCUUCACUUUUACAACAACAACAUUUCACCAUUUCCAAGGUUUUAUUAACAGCUUCCUCUCUCUCUCUGGGAAAAGAAAAAACAAUCCAGUUUAGUUUUUGCAAGAUAAUGAAGGAUAUAUGCUGAUAAGGCUCUAAAAAAACUUCAGAGAGCUUCUUCCUCUUGACUUUCCAAACCAGGUCGCAGUUGAAAGCCAUGAUCAAACAACCUGAUAACAAAUCUCAUUGAAGCACUUCAAUGUGACUAAUGUUAGCAGUCACCAGCCGGUGAGGCGAAUUGGAGGGUCCACGGUCGAUGAGCAGUAUGAACUGUGUGGAAAACAGAGAAGAAAGAUAGAAUACACAGUGUGCUGGACGCCUAAAGUAGAGGUAAUGUAAUUUAUUCGAACCCUUGAAAUCUAAUUAGAUAUUAUGUUCUUUUUCUCAGCCAUUGUUUCCUGCAGUAGUGGCACACCACAUCCAUUAUUUUAAUUGAAGUUUUCAUUUUCAACCUCUAAUUCAUAGACUAAUGCGUUUAAUCUCAAAUGUUUUCAAACAUCAUGAUCCCCUAAACCUUUCCUUCAUCAUCUCCUCAUGGAAACCUUAUUUCCUUUACAUCUCCCACAUUCACGAUUUAUCCAACUUUAAAGUGCUACAUUACGUGUCUUGAUUCUUAUUACUUCUCACGAAGCAAAACGGACCAUCAUGAUCUGCACGGAGUCAAACCACCAGCGGAUCUCGUUUGCUGGUGAUCUUGGCCAGUCCAAUAAAGGACCUCUUAUGGAACAACCAUCAGGCCCGGUUCGAAGAGACACUACUCUUUUAGAUUCAUCAAACUCAGAUUUCGAGUUCCACACAUCAAGAAACUUUGAUCCUGGAGAUUCCUCACCAGCCGACGAGAUCUUUGCGGAUGGCAUGAUCCUCCCAGUCCUUCCUUUCCACGUAACCACUGCAUCCGCCACGCCAAAACGUCUCUACAAAUAUGAGCUCCCUCCUAUCGUCUCUGCUCCUUCUUUAUCCUCCUCCUAUCUUCCUCCUCCGCCUUUACCAUUGCCUGAAUACUUGAGAAAAUACAGCGUGAAAGAAACUCGGGGAAGCGUAAAUGGUCGAGUGAGCGGUGUAAAUUCGGGUCUGGAGGCAGAGAAAUCAUCAAAGUCAUUUUGGAGCUUCAAGAGAAGCUCAAGCCUGAACUGCGAUAUAAAGAAGAGUCUGAUAUGUUCGUUUCCUCGUUUAACGAGAAGCAACUCCACAGGAUCAGUAACGAAUUCGAAGAGGGGAAUGCUUAGGGACAUUAACAAGUAUAGCUCGCAGAGACAUGGAGUCCCACGUCCAGGUGCAAAUUCGUCAACUCAUAUGCCUCCUCCUUCUCCUCCACCUCUCUGCUGCAGCUCGUAUCAUUUGAGGCCACAAAAACAAGCCAGAAAGAAUGGCGGCGGAAGGGGAGGAAGUUUUUGGAUUGCUCCGGUGAUCGGUGGUCCAUCUCCGUUCGGGUUAGGAUCCAUCUUACGACUUUCAAAAGAGAAGAGAAACAAGUAAUGACAGUGUGGUUUUUUUCCUUCCCAAAGUAGGAGCAGUUUGAUACCAGACUCUUCUAAGGAACUCUUUGUUUUAUCUUGUUAACGCAUUGAGAUUUAUGCAACAAAAUUUAUGUUGAUACUAAUCUUUUUUCAUCAGAUGUGACUCUUUAUUUUUCUCA